GGAUGAGUGUCGAAAAAUCCAAUAAGUUCCAAAAAUCAUCCAAAACAAAAGUUUAAAUUCAUUGAAAAAUGCUUAAAUUAACAAAAUUUGCAUCAUAUUCCCUAUGCAAUAGAAACAUAAAGACACUGACUGCAUCGUACUUUAAAAGUGACAUCUCGUUAGACAAGCUUUAUCCAAAUAGCAAGCAAAAUAUUUUCACUCCAUCGCCUCCAUCACUAGAUAAAGAUAAGUUCAAUGGAUUCAUACCUGUAAAUCAACUUCAGAUUACUUAUGAUAGAUCAUCAGGCGCUGGAGGACAAAAUGUUAAUAAAGUUGCAACAAAAGUAGACUUACGGUUCCAUGUCGAUAAUGCUAAUUGGAUAUCUGAUGCUAUUAAGAACAGAUUAAAGGAAGAUCACAAAAUGAAGAUCAACAAGGAAGGAUUCUUAAUCAUCAAAAGUGAAUUAACAAGAUACCAGCAAAUGAACCUUGCUGAUGCUCUUGCAAAAUUAAGAACCUUGAUUCGUGCUGCUGAAACGCCAAAAAGACCAGAAAUGUCAACUGAAACCCUCGAGAAAAUCAGAAAACGGCAAGUAAUGGCUGCAAAUCAGCGAUUAUUAUUAAAGAGACAAAAAUCAGGAACUAAGGAAGGCAGGAAAGCACCAACUUUAGAUUAAAAUAAUGUAAACAAUUCUAGU